AUGGACCUCUUGCACGGCAAGGAGGAUAUAUUCACGCUUCUUGAGGUCGAUGCCACCACCGCAGAGGCUGACAUCAAGAAGAGCUACCGCCGGCUAGCCCUCAGAUGGCAUCCCGAUAAGCCUGGAGGCGAUGCUGACCGCUUUCGUCAGAUCAACCAGGCCUAUGAGGUGUUAAGCGAUCCUACUUUAAGACAACAAUACAUCAAGUUAAAGGAAACUCAAAGCCGGAAACAUGCCCAGAAGCAGGCUUGGGAUGAUGCCACGCGACGGUUCUACGAUCAAGUUAAGCGUGCUGAACAAAAGCACCAACAGGCGAGACAAACCCUUUGGCAGCAGGAUGUCAAACGUUUUGAGCGAGAAUUGACGGAGCAGACGCUUAAGCGGAGAAAGCUAGCGCAGCAACCGGUGUUUGAAUACACUUCGUGGCGUGAUAUUCCUUUAGAACACGAUUAUAUCGAGUACCAUCCCGAACGAGUGAUGCUUCGGUGGAAAGAGCGACAAGGGGUGGUAAUUGACGAGGGCGUGAUCUCGGAAAUGAUGGCGGUAUUCGGUGAAGUAGAUGACGUUCGCCUAGGUGAGUCUGACGGUGUGUAUCGUGCUGCCGUCGUGACCUUUCGUCUGAGUGACGGUGCCUACGACGCGGCUCAGCACGAUUACCGGAAAUCAGCUACGAAAUGGGAUGGCUCGAAACACCGCAAAACGGCUAGUUUACUUCGAGAAUGCUGCCGUAUGAAACCAAGGAUCAGAUGA